GGGCGCUGCGGCGGUGGCGCGACCUCCUCGGCCGCCCGGGCUCUCUUCCGCCCCUAGUCCCGCCCCGGCGCGGGGUGAGAGGUCGGCAAGAUGGCGGCGGCCUUGGGGGAGGAGGUGCCGGACAACGAGGAUUAUUACUCGCUGCUGAACGUGCGGCGGGAGGCCUCUCAGGAAGAGCUGAAAGCUGCCUAUCGCCGACUAUGUAUGUUGUACCAUCCAGACAAGCACAGAGACCCAGAGCUCAAAACACAAGCUGAGCAACUGUUUAACCUUGUUCACCAGGCUUAUGAAGUGCUUAGUGAUCCACAGACAAGAGCCAUUUAUGACAUAUAUGGGAGGAGAGGACUGGAAAUGGAAGGAUGGGAGGUUGUGGAGAGGAGAAGAACUCCAGCUGAAAUUAGAGAAGAAUUUGAGCGUUUGCAGAGAGAGAGGGAAGAAAGGAGACUUCAGCAGCGAACUAAUCCCAAGGGAACGAUUAGUGUUGGAAUAGAUGCCACUGACCUCUUUGAUCGUUAUGAUGAAGAAUAUGAAGAUGUUCCAGGGAGCAGCUUUCCCCAGAUUGAAAUUAACAAAAUGCACAUAUCCCAGUCCAUUGAGGCUCCACUGACUGCCACAGACACAGCGAUACUCUCCGGCAGCCUCUCCACCCAAAAUGGGAAUGGAGGUGGAUCAAUUAACCUUGCUCUUAGACGGGUCACAUCCCCCAAGGGAUGGGGAGAGUUAGAGUUUGGAGCUGGAGACCUUCAGGGACCUCUGUUUGGUCUGAAGAUAUUUCGUAAUCUUACACCAAGAUGCUUCAUCACCACAAACUGUGCUCUUCAGUUUUCAUCCCGUGGAAUCCGACCAGGCCUCACGACUGUCCUGGCACGGAACCUAGAUAAGAACACGAUGGGCUAUUUACAGUGGCGAUGGGGCAUCCAAUCAGCCAUGAAUACGAGUAUUGUCCGGGAUACCAAAACCAGCCACUUCACAGUGGCCUUGCAGCUCGGAAUCCCCCACUCCUUCAUGAUGAUCAGUUACCAGCAUAAGUUUCAGGAUGAGGAUCAAACCCGAGUUAAAGGUUCCCUCAAGGCAGGUUUCUUUGGGACCAUAGUGGAAUAUGGAGCAGAGAGGAAGAUUUCCAGACACAGUAUUUUGGGAGCCACUGUCAGUGUUGGUGUUCCACAGGGAGUGUCUCUGAAAAUCAAGUUGAACAGGGCCAGCCAGACCUACUUCUUUCCUGUCCACCUGACAGAUCAGCUGCUCCCCAGUGCUGUUUUCUAUGCCACCGUGGGACCCCUAAUUAUCUAUUUUGCCAUGCAUAGGCUAAUCAUCAAACCCUACCUCAGGGCACAAAAAGAGAAAGAGUUGGAGAAACAACGGGAAAGUACCGCCAGUGAUGUCCAACAGAAGAAGCAGGAGGCGGAAGCUGCAGUUCGGUUAAUGCAAGAGUCCGUCCGGAGGAUAAUUGAGGCCGAGGAAGCCAGGAUGGGUUUGAUUGUAGUGAACGCCUGGUAUGGGAAAUUUGUCAAUGACAAUAGCAGGAAGAACGAGAAGGUGAAAGUCAUAGAUGUGACUGUGCCCCUGCAGUGCUUGGUGAAGGACUCUAAGCUUAUCCUCACAGAGGCCUCCAAGACUGGCUUGCCUGGGUUCUAUGACCCUUGUGUGGGCGAAGAGAAGAGUUUGAAAGUGCUGUAUCAGUUUCGGGGAGUUCUACAUCAAGUGAUGUCUGCUGACAGCGAGGCCCUUAGGAUACCAAAGCAAUCUCAUAGGAUUGAUGCGGACGGCUAAUGUGGUGAGAAAACAGGGUGUCAUGUAUGGUACAUGAAUCAACAGAAGCUGCAAAACCUUCCCCCUGGAUUCUACAAGUUUGAAACAGAAACGGAGAUGUUUUUAUUUUUAUGAUCCAUUUAGAAGGCGGCGUCAUACCAAUUAUGUUAAGGGGUAACAAGAGAAAACCUGCUCUUACAGGUACCUCCAAGGCAAUACUGCCCUGGAUUGUGGCUUGGCAGCCAAUAGGGAACAUGGCUGAGAACAUGCAAUGCUCUCUGUGUGCCCAUCCCCUGCCUGGGAGGUGUGAGGGGGAGAGCCCUUGCUGUCAUGUGUCCAAGCCCUUCCUGCUGUGAGUUAACUGCAGCUCAUUUGUCCAGUCUCAUUGUUUCCUCUCCCUGUCAGCAAGAUGGGAAGUGGAGGAGGCUCUUGGCUCUCACUUUUCCUCAAGCUUACAGGGUUGGAGUUAAGUUAAUUUAAAACAAAUAGCUAAUUUAACCCUUUUUGCUCCUAAGGGGAAAGUGAAGUUUGUGGCCACCUCCUAAGAAUCUUCUCUGUCAAUCUGGUUACUGGACAGAGGAUGUACUGUUCACCCCACUUCUGUAUUUAAAAUGUACUUUUUGUUUAAGGACAAGUAUGUUUGGAAUGAAGUUCUCUGCUUUUCCUAAUCACGUGGACCUUUUUCAGCAUGCUUCCAUCCAGCUGCUAGUAGCAUUUGUUCCAAGCACUAUUACUACUCCAGAUUAAUUAUAGAUUAUAACCACUGUCCAUGUCAAAUUAAUUUUGCUCUUCCUCACCCAGGACUGCAUCUUGUUUUAAGUGUAGAGAUGUGCCAAAUAGGAGGAGGAACUGAAAACUUCGAAACAGUGACUGCAACCUGUCUGAGUGGCUAGAUUCCCUCCAAUAGCCUUAGGAUACAAUCCCUGCCUAUGAUUUACCUGACCUCCAGAGAGGUGCACUCUUGCUCUACCAACCUAGCUGAAAGCAGCAGGGCUGCUGGAAAUAGCACUAUUAAGUAUCUGGCAUCUUAGUACUUUUAGAUAUUUAUAUAGAAGGGAGAGUGGUGGCUAUUACACCGGCACUGAAAUGUAGUUCCACUCUUGGCCAGUCCUGGGUGGGCCUUCAUCAUUUAUAUGCAAGAAAUUUAGAAAGAAGCAUGUAUUGACAGAGGCAUUGUUGCUACUGCUAAUUACUGGAGUAAAUAACUUCUUGACAUGCACCUUGGCCCCUUAUUUCUGUAGCUAACUGCUGUUCUGUUUACUUAUGUCAGUCCUAUCUCCCCCUCACAAGUGUGAAAUCACAUCAGGGAAUUUCAUUUGCAAUAGCCCUUGUCCAAGAGCAGGUUUAUCACAGCUAUUCCAGGAAAGCUGAUGAUUAUCUCUCCCCGCCUUGCUCCUACAAUCAAGUGCUGCUUGCCAGUUUUUUAUCAGGAAAAUCUCACCUUUUUAUGCGUGAACAGCGCCUGUUCUAGGAAUACAUUUCAUUCACUACCAUCUUGCAGUGUUUUUUGAUCUGAAGCUAAGUGUCAACUGUGCAAUAAAUUUUGUGUUCAAUCAAUUUUCAGUUGAAAACUGCCCGGUGUUUCCUUUGCUGCAGAUGGAUCUUCCACACUUUGAUUACGUCACCUUGUUUAAAGCUGGUGGAAGAGAAAACACUGUAUUGUCAUAAUAAAUCCGCUUUGAAAGCUGUG